UCGCAACAAGAGGGAGGUGUGGGUCGGCCUAGUCCGCCGUAUUUGCAAUACACGCCCUUAUUUUUCGCGAUAAAUCAGCCCUACCAGUCCUAUCCCUGUUCGGAUCUGCAGAACCACUUUGGUCAUCUGUCUACUCGCUCGUCAGCUGGGAGUAUAAAGGCCGAAGCCACCUGCUGUUCUCUGAACCCUUGGGUCUUGAGCUUGCAAUCGACACUUGCUCGCGCCAUGUUGCCCGACCGCCUGGCCAUGGAUUGUCACCUGAAGCUUACUCUUGCUCUGAUAUACCUCUACGCCGGACAAUACUCCCUUCCAACUUGCUAGAUCAUACCUGAUUACGUGCCGUCUACGCGAAAGAAAGAAAAACAAAAUAAGAAGACCCCGCCGGAGGGCCUUAGUCGCCAUGGGCAAGUCCGUUCGCGCUCGCGAGCCAGCCGACCUCAUCCAGUCCAUCGAGCAAACAUACAAAGAGGCACGGGUCAUUGUACUCGUCUGUCUCGCUUCAUGGGUGGUGGGUCGUCUCAGAUUUAGCUUCGCAUGGUUACUGUUCGUCCUUGCCGCCAGUCGCACCUACACCAACCUGACCAUAAAGCGCAUGAAGCGCGUCGUCCGGGAUGAAUGUCAGCGAUACCACGCUACUAAGAUCCUGGCCCGCGGCGAGACCAUCGACUGGAUGAAUGGAAUCCUCCGUCGUCUUUGGCACAUGAAUCAACAUCAAAUAUGCGACACAGUCGUCCGUUAUGUGAACGACGGCCUCGCCCGCCGCACAUGGGCGGAGCCCGACACACCGCCGCAGAAGGUCAUCAUCCAUUCGCUUGCCUUGAUCGAGUUGCCUCUCCGAGUGACCCGAGUCUUUGUGCACCGCAAACCCUCAUCGCCGAACCUGAUCUUUGAAGGUCAGUUCUGGGUGAACCUCGCGCCACAUGGGACCGAGCACCACAGUCUCCUGGAGGUAUUCGACCACCCGCUCGUCGAUCUCACUAUUGUUCGUGACGUGGACGAACACGACCGCCAUCGUUACCACAGUCAUCACCACCAUAAUCUGGCCGUGCAGGUACGCCAGUUCACCAGUCAAGGCUCAUUUCGGAUCGAGUUAGACCUGGAAGGAGAACAGCCCGCCCUGUUGCAACCGCACAUCGAGCUGCAGGAGCAACCAAAGAUGGAUUGCACGAUCAAGGCGAUCAGCCAGCACCACUUUCCUUUCCAUUUCGCGCACCAUGUCGAUUGGCGACGAGUAGUGGAGAUGCAGCUGCGGGAGGGGUUGGGAUGGGCCUUCCGGCGACCACUGCCCCUCGGCGAGAGGUGGCUGAUCACGAUGAUGACGUGGUGGUGGCAUAUCCUCAACUAGGAGUAUGCGGACUAAGACUCUCCCCGGAGUG